CAGUAAUGUUUUAUAUGAAUGCGUGUUCGAUGAGUGAUUUAGUUUAAUUUGUGUGGUUUUUUUUGGUAGUUUUACCUUUCUAAUACUACAUGAUAUUAUAAAUUCACUUAAGUCUAGGUCGAUGAAUUUUUUAAAGGCUUUUCGACAGCAAAUGCUCGUUUAUUAUAGUGAAUUUGACGCAUCGUUGGUGUUCAAUCAUGAAUGAAGUGAAUGUAGAGACUGCUGCAAAGGUGACAAAACCUAAAUACGAUGGUCGAAUAAAAAAGAGACAAUGGGAAGACGCUAAUGAAAGUGAUGAAAGUAAAAAGGCACGCACAGAACCUAGGGUUAAGCGAAGAAAAAGUAUCAUUCUUAUGGGUUAUUCUGGAAUCAAUUACUAUGGAAUGCAGAGAAAUCCAGAAAUGAAAACAAUUGAAGAAGACUUACUUACUGCAUUGUUAAAAGCAAAGUUAAUUACUGAUGAAGCUUUUGCUCAAGUACAGACAAUACAAUUUCAAAGAGCUGCACGAACAGAUAAAGGAGUUUCUGCAGCUCGGCAAGUUGUGUCACUUAAAUUACCUGAUGAAGCUGAGCCAUCAGCCAUUAAUGAACAUUUACCUGAGGACAUAAGAGUAUUUGCAGUAAAACGUGUUACUAAAGGCUUUAAUUCAAAAUCACAGUGUGAUGCUCGAACGUACACUUAUACACUUCCAACUGUUGCAUUUGCAAAUCAUGACGAAGUUCAUGAUUCAUCAAAUUAUAGGAUUAAUAAUAAUAAAAUGGAACAAGUUAGAAAAAUACUAAAGUAUUAUGAAGGAUCAAAAAAUUUUCAUAAUUUUACUUCCAGAAAAGACUUCUAUGAUCCCUCAUCGAGACGUUUCAUUGUUUCUUGUACAUGUUUGGAACCAUUCAUAAGUAGAAAUAUGGAAUUUGCUGUUAUAAGUAUAAAAGGACAGAGUUUCAUGCUGCAUCAAAUACGUAAAAUGGUUGGAUUAGCUUUAGCUAUCAUAAGAGGACACACAACAGAAGAAACUUUGGAAAAGGCUUGGACAGAGAGCAGACUAGAUAUACCUAUGGCACCUGGUUUAGGUCUUGUUUUAGAUAGAGUGCAUUAUGAUAAGUAUAAUACUAGAUAUGGUCUUGAUGGUAUUCAUGAAAUAUUGACUUGGGAAAAAGAAGAAGAAGAAAUAAAACAAUUUACUCAUAAAUAUAUCUAUGAAAAAAUUAUAGAAACAGAAGUAAAUGAGAAAUGUAUCGUGAGCUGGUUGGAAACGCUACCUUUGCAUUCUUAUGAUGUGAGAGAUGAAGGGGCAGAACAAUCUUUAAAAAAUCUUAGGGAUCUUAGAGAAAAUUUAGCACUACAACUUAGUCAUUUACAGGCUUUGUGUGAAAAAUUAUAUAUGAUUAGGACAAGAUAUCUGAAAAUUCAAGAACAGCUUUGGCUUUUAGACCAUAAUGCUAUACUGAAUCAGUCCCUCAUUGGUAUUUGA